AUGUCUUACACCUGCAACUCUGGAAACUUCUCUUCACAGUCUUUUGGAGGUUUCUUGAGGCAGCCAGUCUCUACCUACAACUCUUUCCACCCCACAGGCCAUGUAGUCUAUUCUCCGAAGCACUUUCAGGUGGGUUCGUCUUUCUACAACGGCCAGCAGGAGAGCUUCAGUGAGCCCCUUGAGGGCCACUUCCCCUGUGUGGGGACUGCAUCCUUCCAGACAUCCUGUUUCCGGCCCAAGCACCACUUCUCCAGCCCGUGCCAGGGAGGCUUUUCUGGAUCUUUCGGAUAUGGCAAUUCUGGCUUUGGAUCUUGUGGGUUUGGAAGCUCCGGCAUUCGCUCUCACAGCUUUGGAUCCAACUUCUACCGCCCAGGAUACUUUUCUUCCAAGAGUAUCCAGUCAUCCUACUACCAGCCAGGCUACAGCUCUGGCUUCUGCGGGUCAAAUUUCUGA